CUCUGUCUCGUUUUUUCCCAAAAAAAAAAAAAACGUAUCAUCAUCAUAUAUAACGACAACGUCGACGACGGCGACGACGAUAUUAAAUUGAAACAAAAAUUCAAUCUCAGCAAAUACAAUUUUUUUUUAUUCUUCCUGACUCUCUAAUUUAGUUCAUUUUAGUGAAAUUCAAUUUUUUUUUUUACAAUCGAACUGGCGACAUUAUUAACAAUAGAAUACAAUAACGAAGACGAAGACGACGAAAAUAUCCUGAAAUUAGUAGAUAAAAAACGGAAAAAGAAAUCAACAAAAAUGUUUAGCUUUCAUAAACCGAAAAUUUAUCGUUCCAAUUCUGGUUGCUGUAUUUGUCGUGCAAAAUCAUCAUCAUCACGUUUUACUGAUAGUAAAAAAUAUGAAGCUGAAUUUGAAAAAUGUUUUCGUAUCGAUGAAAAACGUACUGGUGAAAUUUGUAAUGCUUGUGUAUUAUUAGUGAAACGAUGGAAAAAAUUACCCACUGGUACAAAUAAAAAUUGGCAUCAUGUUGUCGAUGCACGUGCUGGACCAGGUACAAAAUCAUUUAAAUCAUCAUCAAAAUCAUCAACCAAUAUGGAUGAUAAACGUCGUCGUCAUCAUCGAUUAUCAUCAUCAUCAUCAUCAUCAACAACAACAACAAAUGUUGACAAUACAACUUCGAUGAAUAGAAAUUCAAAAAUCAACAAUAACAACAAUGCUUCAAAAUUAUCGUUUGUUGGUAAAUAUUCAUCAUCACCAAUACGUAGUGGUGGUGAAUCAUCGGCAGAUGAAUCGGAAUCAACAUCCGAUGUUGAUAUGGAAAUGGUCGAUGUUGUUGUCGAUUGUCUUGACGAUGUUGUCGAUAUGGCCAAAAGUACAAAUAAUAAUCGUCGAUUAAGACGUUCAACACGAUUAGCAGCCGGUGGUGGUGGUGGUGGUGGAGAUGAUAAUGAUUUAUUAUUGUCCACAUAUCAUUAUCGUACAUCAACAAAUCAACAAAUGCUCAAAAAACAACCGAAUAAUAAUAAACAACAGGAAAAUGAAAAACAUAAUCGUUUAUAUCGUGAUAAAUUUGUAUCAUUUUUAGAUGCAAAUAUUUGGAAAAGAGAGAAAAUUUGUUGCGGCAUCAUUUUCAAAGGUCCCAACAAUGAAGUAUUGAUUUAUCCGGAAUUAUUUCAACCAUGUAGUUGUCGAUCAAUGACUGCAACAAUGUCAACAACAAAAUCCUCCACCACCACCACAUCAUCAUCAUCAUCAACAACAAUGGAAAUUGAUCAAACAAGCAAUAAAAAUGAUGGUAAAUUAUCAACGGUUCCAGCAUUGAUUAAACAUAAUGAAAAGAUGAAUAGUUUUGAUGAUGAUGAAGACGAUGAAGAUGUUGACGACGACGACGACGACGACGACGACGAUGAAGAUGAUGAAAUUGAUGAUGAAGAUGAAUUUCCAGCCGAAUAUGAUGACGAAGAAGAAGAUGAAAUGACAACAAAUUCUAUAACAAAACCACCGUCAUUAAUUAAACCAUUUAAUAAUAAUGAUGAUCAUAAUAAUCAUGAUAAUAGUAAUAGCUCAACAAUUAGCAUUAUAAGUAAUGGACAAUUAGCCAUUGUUGAUGAAAUUGAUGAACAAAGUUCAGGUGUCAUAUCAAUGGCUGAUAUACCAACAUCAUCAUCUGUUUGUGAUGAAAAUGAUUCAUUAUCAAUGCAAGAUGAUUAUUAUUCCAUAUCUGAUCGUUUAUCAACCGUUUCAUCAUCAUUAAUAGAUCAUGAUGAUGAUGAUGAUGAUGAUGAUGAUGGUAAUGAAAGUUCAUCAAGUGAACAAACACAUUUUCCUACACAUACUGUUGUUGUUAUGAAACAAACAGCCGCCACCACCACCACCACCAUAAACAAAACAAAUGUCCACCACCACCAUAAUCAUCAUCAUCAUCAUCAUCAUCAUCAUUCACCACCGAAAUCGGCUUCAAAUCAACCACCAUCAUUGGCUGUUGUUUGAUUUAAUUUAAUUUUAUUUUAUAUCACAAUCCAUGAUCAUCAACAUUUAUUAAGCUCAAUUCAUCAUCAUUUAAUUAUAAUUAUCCUAAGUCAAUUUUCGUUCGUUUACACACACACACACAUUAUUAUUCGUCAUUCGUCGUUCUUCAUUCAUUAUUGAUUCAAAUAUCUGUACAAAUUUUUUCAACUUUCAUUCACAAUAAUAAUCUUCGAGUACAAAACACACCUGAAUCACAAUACUUUGAUAUCAUUAUCAUCAUUGCAAUCAUCGAUAUAUCUACCACCCAGCAUUAUAUAUUAUAUUAAUUUAUUUUUAGCCUAUUUUCAACCGAA